ACACUCCUCUCCCUCGAUUAAUCUUCUCCCCCUUCAACAACCGCGGCGAGAUCUCCAGCUACCGCUCUCUGCAUCCACAUUUGCACCCGGCCGCAUUCCUCAGAUCCAGAUUCGAGCCCCAGCUAGCCCCGGCUCGAGAUCCAGCUAAGCUCUCUCUAGCAAGCUUCCGGCGGGGCGCUCGGCGAGCGAGAAGAUGAAGCGGAAGACGCGGAACAAGGUCAUCGUGUGGACGCUGGCCCUGGCCGCGGCGGCGAUUCUGGUGGGCGGCACGAUCGCGCUGGUGCUCACGGCGGGGACGUGGAAGGCCCAGAUAAAGAAGUCGCAGGAGAAGAUCUGCAACAAGGGGUGGGAGUGCUCGGGCAGCAAGUACUGCUGCAACGACACCAUCACCGACUUCUUCAAGGUGUACCAGUUCGAGAACCUCUUCGCCAAGCGCAACACCCCCGUCGCGCACGCCGUCGGCUUCUGGGACUACCAGGCCUUCAUCACCGCCGCGGCGCUCUUCGAGCCCCAGGGGUUCUGCACCACCGGCGGCAAGCAGAUGCAGAUGAUGGAGCUCUGCGCGUUUCUCGGGCACGUCGGCGCCAAGACUUCAUGUGGGUAUGGCGUGGCCACCGGCGGGCCGACGGCGUGGGGGCUAUGCUACAACCACGAGAUGAGCCCCGACCAGACCUACUGUGACAAGACCUACACCCAGUGGCCCUGCGUUGAGGGCGCCGAGUACUACGGCCGCGGCGCGAUACCUGUCUACUGGAACUACAACUAUGGCGCCGCAGGUGACGGGAUCAAGGUGGACCUGCUCCACCACCCAGAGUACCUAGAGCAGAAUGCGACGUUGGCAUUCAUGGCGGCAAUGUGGCGGUGGAUGACACCGAUCAAGAAGAGCCAGCCGUCAGCGCACGAAGCGUUUGUGGGCACCUGGAAGCCCACAAAGAACGAUACGCUCAGCAAACGCCUGCCUGGGUUCGGCGCCACCAUGAACAUACUCUAUGGAGAAUCGAUCUGUGGCAAGGGAUUCGUUGACUCCAUGAAUGUUAUAAUCUCUCACUACCAGUAUUACCUUGACCUCAUGGGCGUUGGCCGUGAGCACUCUGGCGACAACCGUGAUUGUGCUGAGCAGCUCCCGUUCAACCCCUCAAGCCCAACGGAUGACCAGAAGCAGCAGCAAUCAGGAAGCUAAAACAGACCCAUUGUGCUAUGGUCUUGUGUUGUACACCUGUUCUUGCUGCUGCCAUUGAUCAAGCUUCCAGCACUAAAUUGAGCUACUGAUUCUUCAGAAUCUGUGAAGCUGCAUCGGGUUGAUGUUGUUUUGAAUGGCUGAUCACAAGACUGUAUGUACUGUCUAUGGGAAUUGUGAGGUUUGUGGUCAUUAUACCAUGUUGUCCAUAGAUAGUUUGUUUUGGUUUCUUUGGUUCUGUCAGGUACAUUAUACACAUGUUUAAAGAGGAUUGAACAUACCAGGGCCCUUUUUUUUCUGAACUUCUGUAUGUCUGCUUGCUAUUGAAACAUCGACUAGCUUUUUCUCAACUUUUUGUAUGUCUUGUAUUAUUAGGUAUUUAGGUUAUCCGGUGCUAGUACAUUGUUAGCAUUUGGACUAGAGCUGGCUUAUUCAUGGAACUAUUCUGGCCAGGGACAACUCAACCGAGGUACAGAAAUGAAUGAUGGAAACUUGCUUGUAUUGCACACUUGUUCUUGCUUCUUGGAGUGAGUUGAAGCUAGAUAAUGUGGACUCGCGGGGUGACAUGGCAGAAUGUACAAGCAUGCGGAAUGUAUAUGAUUUUGAAUCCUUA